AGAGCCCACAUCAGUAUCAAUAUCAGUAUCGAUUGCCAAAUUGAAAUCCUCCCUUUGCUCUCUCUCUCUCUCUCUCUGAGAGACGAAACUCUGUCAGUGUUAAGGAGUUGUCUGUGAAAACUUCACCAGCAGCCUAGUACUGUAUUGUGAUUGGGACUUUCUGAGGUUUCUUCUGAUUAUGGAUUUUUUGAUUCUUACAAGCUUGUUCUGAAUUUCCAGUUGAUUCCCUUUUGACUCCUUGACUAAUUACUAGUUGCAGAUUCUCUCCUCCUCCCUUUUACCGUUUUACGUGCAUUUAUGGAAAAUUCUCAAGAGAAUUGUUUGACUAAACACCAUGACGACGUUCAGGGGCUGGUGGCCUCCUUACCACCCUCCUUCCCCGCCGCCUCAACCGCAAUUCAUCCACCGCCUGCUGCUGGUAUCCAAAAGGUUAGAGAAUCAAGUGAAAUAGUUGAGGAAUCAACAAGUAGUCAGCACCAAAGGAAUGAAAUUGUAACUGUGGAUAUACCCAAAACAACAGCUGAUGGCUCCAUAGACGAUUUUGUGAGGAUAAACGUGCCUCCGUCACCAACUCCUAAAAAAGUGAACUUUUCACCAUUACCGAGUCCCGGUCAUAUCAGGUUUAAUGGAUCCCCGCUUCCCUCCUCAUCAAACAAGGGUAAAGCAUCAAUGAAGAGCCUCCUGCCUAAACUGAGCUUUAAGUUUCGGAAUACAGAUUCAGAGAUCGAAAAGGCAGCCAUGCUAGCUCUAGGUUCUCCACUCGGACCACAGGAGAAGAGGUCAAUUACAAGGACAUUUUCUCUUACAAAGCUAUUCACACCAAGGAUGAGGAGAACAUCAUCUUUACCAGUAACUCCAAUUGCUCAUUCAAAUCCAGAGUCAACACAUGGAGGGAAUGGAAAUUCAGUUAAAGGUGGGACAUUUUAUCCCAUCCACCGCUCACGCUCAGUCCCGGUGUUAAACAAAGAUGGAAGUGUAAGGCAGAUUGAUAACUUGGGUGGUGUAAUUCGUGUCAUCCCUGCUACUCCACGGGUUACAGAACACAAUGUACCAACACUGGACGCAACUGUGAAAGUUGAUAUAGAUGGAAGUGAUAAUAAUGGUGAAGAUAUCCCUCAAGAAGAAGCAGUUUGCAGAAUCUGUCUGGUUGAACUAGGGGAGAGUUCAGAAACCCUUAAGAUGGAAUGCAACUGUAAGGGUGAACUUGCCCUGGCCCACCAAGAUUGUGCUGUGAAAUGGUUUAGCAUAAAAGGUAACAAAACCUGUGAUGUCUGCAAGCAAGAGGUUCAGAACUUACCUGUAACACUCUUACGAAUUCAAGAGGGUCAGCCCCGAGGAAGUGCAGCAGUUAGGUCUAUUGAAGUUCCUCGAUACAGGGUAUGGCAGGAUGUUCCGGUUCUUGUGAUCGUCAGCAUGCUUGCUUACUUUUGUUUUCUUGAGCAACUUUUGGUAAUAAAAAUGGGAUCUGGUGCCAUUGCCAUAUCUCUACCCUUUUCCUGCAUAUUGGGUCUUCUUGCAUCCAUGACAUCUACUACAAUGGUAAGGAGAAGAUAUGCAUGGAUGUAUGCAACUAUUCAGUUUGUUUUGGUGGUUCUCUUUGCCCAUGUUUUCUACUCGCUGCUUCAUGUACAGGCAAUUUUAUCUGUGCUGCUAGCGACAUUUGCUGGAUUUGGAGGUGCGAUGUGUGGGACUUCCAUUGUUUUUGAACUCAUGAAAUGGAGGAGACGGUGGAAUGCUUGGUCGACUCAGGAACGCACCUCUGAGGAGGUUUUGAACCCAAAUGAGUUGUCAGAUGGAAGGGGCGCACAACAAACUGAGCCUCCAGAGGCAGGUAGUAUGGUCACCUCAGGGAUCGAUCGUGGAUAGACAGUGAACACAUUGAGCCCGCGAACGCCAAACAGCAGGAUUGCCAAUUGUACAGGAAAGUGCUACUACUACUGGUUACUUGAAAUAUACUGCAUAAUAGAGUCUCAUUCGACUUUGUGGCAACACUUGACACCUGUUGUCAAAAAUUGUGAAACUCAUCGUUCAAGCCAACAUGGUGAUGCGACUUCCAGCAAGAGGAGCAAGAACCAGGUACAUCAGUUGCUUUUGGAUUCUUUCAGGGAAUGGUGUAUAUGUCAAGUUUAAGCGAAUCACCAGUUGCAUUGGCGUGGGGGGAGGAUCAGAUCUGUGAAGUCUGAAUCUUUCACCUCUUGUGUUACCUUGGCUUUUGGCUUUGGGGUGAGGAUUAGUUGCCUCUUUUGCGAUAUAUGAUAAGCGAAUCAAUUCAGUACCCGACUGGCUGAUGUUAUUCCCAGAGCAAUUCAUAUCCAGCGAGACCAAAUCUGAUUCAUUCAACAGUUCUACCCUCCAACGCUCGACCUCUCUCUUGACCCAAAAUGCCCAAUUGUUAGGGUCCCGCUAUGAUUGUCAUGUCGUCGAGAAACCUGCGGAUUAUGCUGCAAUUUUUUGAAUUCCUCGGUUGAUGAGGAUGGCUGUCCAUCGUCAUCUACAACCCUUUUUUUUCCCUUCUAAUUUGUCUUGGAUAGAAAACAACACCAAUACCGGUUAUUGUAUUACCAGUCAUCAAAAUGCUCUCUACAACCAGUAGAACUCAAACUCAAAAAAAUUGAUCGCAAGAUGGGAAUCACGUGAGAUAACGUCGCGGGUUUUAUCAAUUCUCGCAAUUCUAUUA